AUGUCACACGUGUCCGCUUGGCACUCCUCCCUGACAACGUCCUCCUUUUUCAUCGCCUCACUCUUGCAGAAAAGCAAGAAGAAGCAGAAGAAUACCUUCCGAGUGGGGGCUCUACAUCGGACGGGGAGACACGGUGACCAUGGGACUCAUUUCCGCGCCAAUGGCGAGGCUGUCGGGAGGCUCGUCAACGUCCAGCCUGCGAAACGUCCUCGCCUUGGAGUUAACGAUGCUCUUGGGUCCUGGACACCGUUUACCGAGGAGGGAUGGGCGCAGUCUGCUUCUUUGGCAGACGAAGUCGUGGUGGAGAUCCCGCCCAUAAGGAAACGGUAUCUGAGCUCGGACAACCCAAUGGCCGUAUGGCGGAAACACAAGGCGAAGUUUCUGGACGAGUUACUUCGAGCUGAAGGUCUGGGUGGGGGCUUCCACAUACCUACCUGCGCCCAUUUUUGCAAUGCGAAGACUGUCUCAAACGGCGCCACGAACAACUCCCUCUACAUCGUCCACAGAUGUGGAAUGGCCUAUUUUGGACAACAUGUUCUCUGUACGACGACCCAGACGCGGAUGUGCGCCUGGGAAUGUGCUACCAACUCGGACAUUACGAUUUUCCUUGCGCGGCGCCAGAGCCCAUGGUGCGAACCCUGGUCAUUUUAG